AUGGCCGGGCUGAGGGCCCCCUCCCCGAACCCGGCAUGCAUUGGGGAGUAGGCCCGGCCCUUCACUUGGGCAGGAAGAUGGCGGCCUCUGGCGCAGGGCCGCAGAUCCUGGUACAAUACUUGGUGUUACGAAAGGAUCUAUCCCAGGCUCCGUUCUCCUGGCCAGCGGGCGCAGUGGUGGCGCAGGCUUGUCAUGCGGCCACAGCGGCCUUGCACCUUCACGGCGACCACCCGCACACUGCGGCUUACCUCCGGGAGCUGGGGCGCAUGCGCAAGGUGGUCCUGGAGGCUGCAGAUGAGACCACCCUGAAGGAGCUAGCUGAGACUCUGCAACAGAAUAACAUCGACCACAUGCUGUGGCUGGAGCAGCCAGAGAAUAUUGCCACUUGCAUUGCACUCCGUCCCUACCCCAAGGAAGAAGUGAACCAGUAUUUGAAGAGAUUCCGAUUGUUCAAAUAAUUGAGGUUAUCAGUUGCUGUGAUACAUUUUAGUAUCAUCCGGAUCCAGACACUGCAUGCCAUGUACUCUUAAGCAUCCAUGGUAACUCACUCUUCCCUUUAAGUUAUGACAGUUUCUUGAGGGUCAAACACAUGUUCACAUUAAAGUUGUCAUUAAUAAGUA